AUGUCGCAUAAGAAUCCCACAAAUCAAAUUUACUUUCGCGUCAAACGCCAUAAAACCACGAUAUUUUUACAAGCAAAGAUAACUGAUAAGAUAUUGACUUUAAAGAAAAAUAUUAUAAAAAUAUUAGGAGAUUCUGAAAAAAGAGAUCCAAAAAAAUUACAACUACUGAUAUCAACUGAUGAUUCUGAGUCACCAGUUUCUUAUUCUAUUUUGGAUAAAGACGAAGAUACAGUUAAUCAGUUAGGACUAAAGGAUGAUCAGAUUUUAUUUUUAUGCUUCUGGGAUGAUAACUUGGAUCAAUGGGAGAACGUUGCUGUGGAAUAUCCGGAUCCUUAUGAUGAAGUUGUAGAGGAAGAUGAACCGAUGGAAGAAGAUGAUGAUAUAAAUGAAAAGAAUGAUUUAGAAACUAUAUCAUUAGAAGAUGGAAAAGGAAAAGCCAGGGCUUAA